GUACAAUCUCCACACAUCAACACAACACACAACAAAUUCUCUCAAGAUUUCUUGCCCUUACAAUGGGAAAUGCCGCAGUGACUCCAUGCUUUCAUCCAAAGAAUUCCUCGUCAUCGUCAUCGUCGAAACUUAUUUUUUGGGAUGGCACCAUGAGGUGUCUCAAGGGUAAGCACAUUGCUGGUGAGAUCAUGUAUGAGUUUCCAGACAAGGUAGUUUGCCAUGCAGAUUCUUUCUUCAUUGGACACCCAAUUCCUGCUUUAGCUUUAGAGGAUGAGCUCAUUCAAGGUGAAGCUUAUUUUGUUCUCCCCAUUGAUAGCUUCACAUGCAAAACCCUUUCUAUUUCUUCACUCUUGUCCUUGGGAUCAGACCCUAGCAAGUCCACCAUCAAAUUUGGGGAAUGCCCUUUUGAGUACUUGAAAGGUUCCAAUGGAAGGGUGUUGAUAAAGGUCAUGCCCGAGUUCAUCACAAGGCUAAUCAAUAGAAGUAAAAGACCUUGUUGCCCCAGCAGCAACGACAACAACAACUUCCUAUGCAGCACUCCUGAGUUGAGAAAACACUACCAAAUGCUAGUGAAAUCCAAGGACCAAGUUUGGUCACCUAAGCUUGAAACCAUUUCGGAAAACAAGGUUAGGUUUUCACCGUGUAGAUUUAUAUAGGUUUAGAAAGGAAUUAAGAAAAAGAGAUGGCAGAGGUUGUAUCUACUAGAUAGUUUUCAUUUAUUAAAAAGUAGAGAGGUAUGCACUUGAAAAUUGUACAAUUAUACAUUACACACAUAUACAUCAAUUAAUUACGCCCUAGUUUUGUUCAUAAUUUUGUGAAGUGAUAUGAUGAAAGUUGUUUGUAAAAUAGUCAAAAUUAAUGAAGAUCCAAAGCAAAAACUGAAUUAUUAGUACCACCGUGAGCACUCCAAAGCCACCGUCAAUUCAACCUGAAACAAAGUGUGCUUUCAUCUCCAAAAUGCCAUACCAGUGUAUUUUCCAAAAUUAUUUCAUCAAUAAAUAAGUUCUCAGCAAA